AUGAUUAGCCUUGCUUUUAAAACGUCGGCUGGCCUGUUGAAGCGCUGCGCAUGGCACAUUACGCGUCGGCAGCUCGCCGACGUUGCCGAUCUCGCGUCGCUCGAGCGCGUACGGCUUCGCGACAAGACGGCUCACACCCUCUGUCGCAAGUCCGUAGAUCUGCAUUAUACUGGGCAGCAGUACUCAGUAUUGCUCGACGGUAGACUGCUGGAAUCUCCUCUGGGCAAUGUGCUGGGCACCCCGUCCAGAUCGGUGGCUGAGCGCGUGGUUGCCGAGUGGCGGGAGCGGCUCGGGCAGCUGACACGCUUCGAGACAUUGCCGAUGACGAUGCUGCUCGCAGAGACGGUCGAUAUGAGGCCCGACAAGCGCGCAUCGGUCGUUUCCACGCUUGUCGAUGCCCUCGACUUCGACACCGCACUGAGGUUCCACCCGCAGCCUGAGGUCCCGUUAGAGAUGCUCGCAGGCAUCGAAGAGCUAGACAGCGCCUGCAUGGAUCGCAUCGCACCGCUUGACCUUGACGUGCUGCAGAGCACGUACCUCCUGCCGAUUCUGCGGGCUUUCGCCCAGCGCCGAGGUACCAGCGCCCUGGUGGCGUCGGGCGAGAUCGCAUCCAGUCCCCGCCAGCCCGCUGACGUCGUAGACGCCGUGAGAAGCACACUAUUGUCAUAUUCAGCUGCGCAAGUGGUAGUAGUAAAAAAUAUACACAGAAGAUUAAAGUCAAUAGUCCUGCCCUUGGAGCUACUCGACGGCGCCAUCGACACCGCCCGUGCGGUGCGGGCGUCACGGCUCGAGGAGACGCUCCAGGCGGCUUCCUGGGGCGUUUGCGCCGACUUUAGGGAACAAGAAUGCAUCAUGGUAUCGCAAAUCGGUGUGGCACUAGAGUUCUGGCGCGCGCACGUAGACUCGACGUCUUUAAUGUAG